CUCUCCUCCAGCAGCGGACCGACAAGGCCCCUGCAGCCGCUGCACGGCGGCCCCGAGCCGGCCUGAUUCCCGCCGCAGAGCCGGCAGGUGAGACGGCGGAGGAUCGGCGGAGGACGGCGGCCGAGCGACGGAGCGCACCGCGGGAACGAGCUCCGGGGAUGUGGUGAAAUCCCGGACAAAGUGCGACACACACACACACGGACACACGCACGGUUCCAUGCACACGAGAAACGGGCCCGACGCGCACCGCAACUUUGCGUUUGUGUCCGCUGUGCGCAGCGCUGGAGGCGGAUAGUCUGAGAUUAUUGUCUGGGGAAGAGUGACGCGGUGCUGCGCUGUCAGACGAGGAAGUGAGGCUCCAACACGCCCAGCGGAGCCCAGCGGAGCCCGAAGACCCGCCGAAGCCGCCCAGACCCGCUCAGCUCCCCGCGGCGGCUCCUUCUCCGACAUGCGCCCCGGUUCGGAUGGACCGCAGCCGGACUAACCCGCAGGACGACGCCGAGCGGAGCAGCAGUGUUGUUCAGAGCUGAAGGAUGGACCGGGACUCGGCCCGACAGAGCCAAUCAGAACACGGCGAGGCCACCAAUGGGAGCAGCCCUCUGACCGCCGCCACGCCCGACCCCUCCACCCCGACCACGCCCACCCCCCCUCGCCUCACCCCCAACCCCAUGCUGCUGGAUUGCCCCGCCCCCACGCUGACCCCCACCACCUCCUCCUCUCCUCCCCCCCUCACCCCCGCCCCCUCUGUUGCCGCCUCCCACGGGACGAAGGCGGCGGUGGGCGGAGCUCCGUCCCCCCACGUCCUCGUCUCCGCCCCACCCAAACUCACCUCCACCGCCUCCCCCGCCCUGCGGACCUACUCCCGCCCCAUCCUCCCCUCACUGUCCACCAAAGCCUCCCCUCCCUCCUCCUCCACUCUUCCUCCAUCCUCCUCUUCCUCACCGGUUGGAGCUUCCACCUCUUCCUCCUCCUCCUCUUCCUCUCCGACACACUGCAACACCACCAAGACCUCCACCAGCCUCACCAACGGCAACACCAGGCCCGUUUCCACGACGACUUCCACGCCGAUCACGCCCUUUCACACGCCGGCGAGCCCACCUGGCAGACAGGUGUCUCAGUCUCACCCCGUGGGCUCACCUGGUCUUGUGCGAGCCAAUCAGAGCCCCUCACCUGUCAGGCCGAGGGUUUCCCAGCAGACCUUGCUCCUGGGAAAAGGUCUCAAAGGGUCUGGGCAAGACCAGGUGCUGCUCAGAGCCCAGAUGCUGAUUCUUACGUCUGCUAUGCGACCUGCCCAGUCCUCCUCUUCCUCCUCCCCCUCCUCUAACCCCGCCUCCGCUCAGCUCCAGAGCCUCACCCUGAGGCCUCCUCCCCCCGGGGCCCUCACCAUCCCCCCGUCCCUCCGUCUGAAGCCCCCCAACUCGGCCCCGCCGCCCCUCUCCCGUCCCCAUGCCCCCCUGUUCCCGCCCCUUAGGCCGCGACCGCAGCCCAGCACCACGGCAACGGAGAGCCCGGCCACGCCCAGCCGCCACCUGUCCGUCCCGCCUCCAACUCUCUACUCUCCGGUCCGAGCCGUCCCUCUGAGGCCCAGACUUCAUUCUCCAAAUGGCCACCGGGUGGUGCCACCUCGACAGACUUCCAACCUCCAGCCAAUCGCCGCCGCUCCGUCCAGUCAGGCCUCCUCCGUCAGCCGGCCGCUGGCUGGUUUAAAGAGCUGCCCGCUGACUCAGACGGUGCUCGGCCAAUCACAGCACAGCGCCUUAUCCGUCGCUAACCCCCUGUCGGCGGCGCAUUUUGAGCGCUCGCCGUCUGCAGCACGACAGCUUCAGAUCAUCGCCCUCAGCUCGGGGCGACAGCCGCAGGCGGGAACGUUCGCCCACAACGCCGUUACAGCAGCAGCGGCGGUGGAGUCGCCUGAACUUUCCAGCCAAUCGAAGAGGACUUCGAGCGGCGACGAUGCACUUCCUCUCCCUCCGAACCCCUCGUUGCCAAAAACCAGCUCACCUCCAUCCCUCCUGAGUCCAGCCUCGCCUCCCAGUCAAGCCGGACCUCAAACUCUGACCGCGAAAGGAGAUGCGAAGGAGGGCGCAGAGCAGCGAAGUCGAUCGGGGAGGCCAGGAGUCCGAGAGGAGAAAGAUCCGAGGCCUGGAGUCCGAGAGGAGAAACAUCCGAGGCCUGGAGUCCGAGAGGAGAAAGAUCUGAGGCCGGCAGCCCAAGAGGAGAAAGAUCCGAGGGCAGGAGUCCGAGAGGAGAAAGAUCCGAGGCCGGCAGCCCGAGAGGAGAAAGAUUCGAGACCGGCAGCCCGAGAGGAGAAAGAUCCGAGGCCAGGAGUCAGAGAGGAGAAAGAACUAAGGCUGGGAGUCCGAGAGGAGAAAGAACUAAGGGCGGGAGUCCAAGAGGAGAAUGAACUUAGGGCGGGAGCCAGAGAGGACAAAGAUCCGAGGCCGGGAAUCCGAGAGGAGAAAGAACUGAGGCCCGAGAGAGAUGACCAAAGAGUGAAGGAGGAGAAACUGGCCGAGAAGGAAAUCAGUCCAAAGGAAGCUGAAGACGAUCAGAUGGAGGUGACGGAGGAAGGCCAAAGCAACCGAGAGCAGAGAGAGGAAGUCGAGGAGAAGAUGGAGGAAGGAGACGAUGGAGAGACUCCAAUGGACCAGUCCGAGAACCCGACUGACUCGGUUCUCACGGAUUCCAACCCAACGCCUGACGCUGCUAAAGACUCCAACGUGGAAUCAAAACUCACCCUUUCUGUCACAGUUCCAGUCCAAACUCCAGUUCCAGUUCAAGUACCACAAAUACCACCAGUACCGGUACCAGACGUCUCCGUCCAGAGUCAGAGGCUUCCAGAACCUCAUCGAGACCUGCAGCCGGUCGGUCAGGAGGAUUUCUGUGAGAACAUGUCGACUCAGUCCGACAAUCAGUCAGCGUUGUCCAGCCUGUCCUCCCAGUCUCCCCCAUCCUCACCCUUCAUCACCCCCUCGGUAGAACCGCCUCAGACCGCCCACCCCACUGACCUCAGCCAAUCACAGCGCAAUGCCGAGGGGCCCGACGAGCCAGUCGGCGAAUCACAGCACCCGGCCGAGGCGGAGGCAAAGCCCCUCGGCCAAUCGGAAGGCGAGUCGGAGAGCUUCGGCCAAUCGCUGAGCGGCCCCUGGGAGUCGAGGGCGUGGCCUGAGGGCCGGCAGGUUCUAACUCACCUCGUGGAGGGAUUCGUCAUCCAGGAAGGACUGCAGCCGUUCCCAGUGAACCGCUCGUCGCUGCUGGUUCCAGAUCAGGUGACCAAACCACAGGAAGUGAAUGGGACCAAUGGGAGAGCAGCGUUACCAGUGACGGACACGAUAAAACCAACUGAGCACUCCACGGACUCAGACGAGGAAGACGGAGGAGACACCGACGACCCCGGGACCAGAUCGAGCCACCGGGACCGAACGGUGCUUCACUGCCAGUUCUGUGGGAAACGAGGCCACGCCCACAAUUUCAUGCGGUCCAAACGCUUCUGCUCCACUUCCUGUGCGCGCGGGUUCAACGUCCGGCUGACGAAGCGUCUGCGAGCUCUGAGUGCCGGCAGUCGAUCAGAGAGGCCUCGACCGGCGCUGAACCGGGCCGAGUCGGUGCCGGGAAAACCUCUGUUACUGCGGCUGCCUCGGGACCUGUGGAGCGCCGGUCGUCGGGAGAAGGAGGGAAAAGACAAACCGACAGCGACGCCGGAGGAGGAAGACGAGGAGGAGGAAGAGGAGGACAUGGGCAGAGGCGGCGAGGAGGAGGAGGACAACAACGGAGGAGAGGAUGAUCCUGCCAUCGCCAUGGCAGCCAGGAUGGAGCGGCGGGUGGCCCGGAGAGCUCGGAGGGCGUCGGCUCCGGCCGUCACCACGACUACGCCCACCUCCACCUUCAAACCGGCGCCGUCGCAGUGGAGCGUGGAGGAAGUGAGCGCCUUCAUCCUCACACUGCCAGGCUGCAGCGACGUGGCCGAGGCUUUCCGGCUGCAGGAGAUCGACGGCCAGGCGCUGCUGCUGCUCACCGAGGACCAUCUGAUGACCAGCAUGAACAUCAAGCUGGGACCGGCCCUGAAGAUCUGCGCCCACAUCAACGCCCUGAAGAACCCCUGAGAGUUUAGGACCAGAGAGGAGGACCAGGGAGAAGAACCAGGGAGGCAAUAAGGAGGACAGAGUGACGUCCCUCAGAGCCUGGUGGUGUCUGGAGGCCUCAGAGGACGGAGACGUUUCAGACCCUCUGACUGUAGCAGGAGACGCCGGGGGGUUUUGUACUUUGUGUAUAUUUUACAUGCCGCCGGAGAGUGUACAUUUGAAGCUAUUUCAUGAAGGAUUUUGAACAUUUAAUAUAUGAAAUUUGUCUAUUUAGUUUUUUUAGAGCGUGACGUCGACGACAGAUCUAUCCUAUCGUAGCUCCAUAGCCAGUGUGUGUCAGAGAAAACCCAUGCUAACGAUGAUAAUACGUAGACUUUGUAAGUGAUUAAUGAAAGUUUAAUGUUUUAUAUCACUAUAUUCUGGACAAAAACAUGUCUGUGGAUUAAAAAAAAGACAAAAAAAGAAGAAGUCACUAUCAGGGUAGAGGCCGGUGUCUUUAAUCGUCACAUUUUUAUGGUAUCCUGCUUGAAAUUAUUUAAUAAAUGAACAAUUAAUCAAAA